GACCCAUGAGCAGCAGCAGAGCAACGUGCCAGACUUAUGUUGACAUAUGUAGCGGUUUAUGGCGAGCAUAAAAAGUGAAAUGCCGCCACUGCAUGCGGCAGAAGCGCUUGCGUCGAGCAGUGCCACUGAUAGCGGCGGUGGCGGUGGUUCUGGCGGCAGCGCGCCACCCACCCCAAACAGCAAUGCGACGGCAAAUGCCACAAUAAGCGCCGCCGCUGACUCCAGCGAUAAUCAGCCGAGCACGCCGCAGCCACCACAACAGCAACAGUCUUCACAACCACCACUAGGCAGCAGCAGCAACAACAGCGGCACCACACUUAGUAAUGAACCACAGCAGCAGCAGCAGACCUCGGGCAUUACCCAUCAGCCGUAUGCCACGCAUCACAUGUACGCUGGGGGUGGUUUAAACUCCGCUCAGCAGCAGCAAAUGUACGGAGGUGCUGCUUAUGGCGCCGCCGAUAUGCAACAACAAGGUUAUGCGAGCAGCUACAUCAACAGCUACGAGCAAUUCUACCAGCAACAACAACAGCAACAAGGUGCCGAUUACGGCAGCGGUUAUGCGGACUACGGCAAACAUACGCAACCAUCGAGUGUACGGUAUCAUCCUUAUCUACAGACACCCACCUCAGGUCCCCUCGGCUCGGCUGCGGGCCCCGGCAGCGUUGUGACCAAUGGCGAUAAUGCUGUUUCCGUGGGUGGGGCAACUGUCUCAAGCGCUCCAGCCGCCGUCUCCACCACCACGGCCAUGAGUCCGCGCGUUGUUAGCUCCACCAGUCCCACAUCCACUUCAUCACACAUGCAGCUUAGCACCGCCCAAACACCGAGCUCACCUGGCGGGGGCUGCAAGCUGCAAUGCAAGAAAUGCGGCAUUUUAACCACCAAUGAAUCGGAGCUGCAGGAGCACAUCGCCAAUGUGCAUGGCGAAUCGCCGUACGGUAGCAGCGGGUAUGCCAGUUCGCCCUACAUCAAAGAGGAGAUGCCCACGCCGCAGCCACCGCCAGUAGCUGGCGGCAAUCCAGGCGACAUUUUAGAUCUGGACUCUCAAAAGAUGGUUUAUCCACCAUUACCGGGGAGCAUGCAGCAUCAGCAAUUACUCCAGCAGCAGCAUGAGGCAGGCGUGGGUGUAUUACCGGAUCCACUGCACUCUAUGCAGUCGAUGCAACAGCGUGCCCUGCACAGCUGGGAGCAGCAACAGGCGCCACAACAGCAGGAGGGUUUGCCACCCUAUAUGCAGCAACAACAGCAUAUUAGCGCCGGUGGUGGUGCAGCCGAUAAGUCACCGUAUUACUCACCCAAGCAGUCGCCCUACCAUCAGGCCAGCGGCACGCUUAUUAAGCAGGAGUACGGCAUAAUAAAGUCCGAGUACCCGGACUCGCAGCACUAUGUGGACAAAUCAUUUGAUCCCACAGCGGGUGGCCCGGAAUUGUGCGCAGCUACGGCGGCACAGCAACAACAACAACUGUUGCCAGUGGCCACCAGUCCGGCGGAGUUUCCGUCUACAACUACGGGCGGUCCUCAGGAUGCGACAAGCGCACAACAGCAGCAAUCCUAUCGUGGCUUUGAGCCACCCAGCUCGUCGUCUGUGCUGCCGGCGAACAGUUUGACCGCCAAGGCAGCUACCUGGAAAUCGAAUGAAGCCCGUCGUCCCAAGACGUAUAAUUGCACGGCAUGCAACAAGUGGUUCACUAGUUCCGGUCAUCUUAAGCGCCACUAUAACACAACGUUGCACAAGAACGCCGUCAAGUCCAGCGGUCUUCCGGAUCCGGCAUCGAUGCCCAUUUCGGCACACCAUCAUCCAUCGCGUGAUCCCGGCGGCAAAUCGAGCCGACGCAGCAAUGCUGCUGCAGCAGCCGCAGCAGCUGCGGCGUCUCAACAGCAACCACCAGCUCCCGUACAACCGCCCGAACCACCCAGAAGUCCGCCCGACUAUGGUGGCCAUGGUGCGACGGGCGUGCAGGUGGGGGCAGCCAUGUCGCAGUAUUCGGCUUCGCCGUCGCCCACCGCUCAGCAGCAGGCGGCUGGUCAAGCCAAUGGGCUGGUUACCGGUGGUUAUGGUCAAACCAACGGUGGCUAUCAUCCGCAGCAGCAGCAGCAUCAUCAUCAUGCCGCAUAUAUGCAGCAGCAGCAACAACAACAAGUGCAAUCGACGACAAACGCUUCACCACAGCAUGCUUCCAAUCAGCAGCAGCAAAAUACCGUUAUGAACGGUCACCCAAACGGGCUAGCAGGUCCCUCCGCCCCAACCAACAACAACAACAACGCACAAAUGCCGUCCUCCCAAAUGAGGGGCCUGCUGAACACAACAAUAACAACACCAACAACAGUUAUAAAGAGCGAACUAAUGGAGGACAGCAACAACAGCAGCAACAGCUCACCAAUGGCCAUGGAGGAGGAAAUGGCAGCGGACGCGGCAGCACUGGCGCAACAACUGGGGGGACACCACCAGCCACUGCAGGUGCUGCCAACUCCGGCAACCUCGUCGGCUCCAUUAUUGGUGGGAGCGGAGUCGGAGGAGUCCUAUCUGCCCCAGCUGGCAGUAGCGGAGGAACAGCAGCAUCAGCGGCAUUACCACAACAGCACGCCCAGCAGCACGCACAGCAACAGGGUGCACUCACCCCUUACUACUUGCCCGCCGGGCUACCAGGGGCAGGGGUCGGUGCCGGAGCCACAAAUGGCUUUCUCGCGCACCCCACCGCCGCAGCUGCUCCAUAUGGCAAUGCCGCCGCAUAUGGGAAUGGACUACAGCAUGCUACCUUUGGAUAUCAGCACGCAGCUGCAGCCGCCGCCCAACAGCAGUAUGUGCAGCAGCACCAGCACGGCUACUACCACCACCAGUAUGGACAUGGGGUGCACCACUAUGCUGCCGCCGCUGGGGCUGGGGCACCACCACUACCACCACCCCCCGGGGCACCACCCGGCACACCAGGGCCUGGCACCUCAUCAGCAGCUGCAGCAUCAGCUGCUGUUGGCAGCAGCAGCGGCCUCAUCGGCGCCACAACAAGCGGGAACGGAGCUGGCGGGGGCGGACCCACAAUCGGGGGAACCACAGUCGGUGGAGCAACAGCAGGAGGAAGCGGCUCUGGCAGCCUUGGGAGCACUGCAACCGGCAACGGACUCGCCGCACAAUACGCUGCACAGCAGUACCAGCAUCAGUACCACCACCAGCACCACCACCACGCCGCCGCCGCAGCAGCAGCAGCAGCCGCACAUCACCACCAUCACCACAGCGCCGCAGCUGCUGCCGCUGCAGCUGCAGCCGCCGCCGCCGCACAUCACCAGCACCAUGCCAUCCUUCCAGCAGCUGCAACAGGCGUCGGCGCUGGCGCCGUUGGAGCACACAAUGAGCUAUCACACUAUUAUUGGUAACUCGGGCACGGGUAGUGCCUCAACGGUUGACUUCGCCAGUCUCGAUGCGUUUGGCCAGCAAAUGGGUGCACCACCGCAAAUGAUAGCCACCAGCGAUGGCCAGAUACUGCAAUUAAUGCCCGCCUCGCUCUUCUCCUCGCAGCUAUAUACAACAGCUGCCAUGCGUGAUCCGUAUGCGCCACUUUCGCCCUACACUGUAGCCGCUCAGCGUUCUCCACAAGAGGGGGAUCUGCCGCCGGUACACACCCUCACAGCGCUCCAAGCCCAGCAGCAAGAAUCACAGACGCCAUCAACGACGCUCACAGUGCUGGCUACCAUGCCCUAUUCGCCUACCGUUUCUUCAUCCACCACCACUCCAGCUCUGGAGGAAUACGAGAUGGCUCUGCUAGCACAGCAGCAACAGCAGCAGCAACAACAACAACAGCAACAACGUGAGCUGCAAACCAUAUCCGAGCAUGAGGAGUUGCAGCAGAUGCAUCAUCAACCAUCAGUGCAGCUGCAGAUGCAAUCCCAACAACAAUCCCAGCAGCCAUUGCAGCUCAGUUUGCCCGACAGCAGUCCCCAACUGGCAUCCCAGGCGACCCCGAAUCCUAAGAAGCGACGAACUACCACGGCAUCAAGCAACAGCAAACGUCGACGCACAACCUCGGCCGGCUCCACAUCGCCACACUCGACAACGUUGCCCUCCGGACGCAUCAAGUGCCUGGAGUGCGACAAGGAGUUCACCAAGAACUGCUACCUGACGCAGCACAACAAAAGCUUCCACUCCGCAACCAACAACAACAAAAAGCAAUCAAUGGCGAAUGCCUGGCAAACAACGAGUGCCCGGCAUUCGAACGCUCAACGACGGCUCAAAAUUUAAAGUAAAUUGCAUAUUUCGGAC